UCUCCUUCCGCACUGACUGUCUUUUCCCUCCAUUUGAUUGUCACGUCUGCGGCGGUUUUCCUGGGACUAGGGUAAAGGGAGGAGGAUAUUAAUAUAACAAAACUCGACAGUGAAUGAAUGAGCUUACCUAUGCCCAUAGAUAAGAUAUCUUUGUCGGGAUUGCUCGAAAUUGAAGGGGCUUUUAGGGUUUCGGUUAAACAUUGUUCAAGCUGUGCAUCUUCGUGGAAGCAGUCAUUAUAGGAUCCUCAAGGGCUGAAUCCGUGUGGUAAAAGUAGAGGCCUUGACAGAAAGAGGAAGCAGGUCUGUGAGUGGAGACAGUUAUGGCUUUGGUAGAAGCAGUUAAAGCAGAGCCUCUAGCGGUUCUAGAUAAGGAUGAGGAAGUUGAAUUUGUCUGGGGUAGAAAGAGAGGUAUUGGUGGUAAGAGAAAGGAGGUGCAGUUUUAUGAAUCUUUUACCUAUGAUGGUGUGGAGUAUGCUUUAUAUGACUGUGUAUACAUGCACAAGGAAGGUGAACUUCCUUACAUUGGUAAGAUCAUAAAGAUAUGGGAAAAUCCAGACAAGUCUAGGAAGAUAAAGAUCCACUGGUUUUUUCGGUCGACAGAGAUCUUGUAUCACCUGAAAGAUGUAAAGGUAGCUGAGAAUGAAGUAUUUCUUGCCUCUGGUGAAGGCACAGGUUUGGCCAAUGUUAAUCCUUUGGAAGCUAUUGCUGGCAGAUGCAAUGUUAUCUGCACUUCAGAGGACAACAGAAAUUCGCAACCAUCAGAUGAAGAAGUAAAAAUGGCUGACUAUGUUUUCUACCGUGCUUUUGAUGUUGGAACUUGUGCAAUUUUGGAUAAGAUGAUUGACAAAGUUGGUGGGCUGGAUGUCAAGUAUGUUUUUAACAGGAAAGAGAGUGAAAAGGCCAGUCAUGUCCUCAAACUUGCUUCUGACAAGAAAGAUAACAAAACUGCUGUGGAAUAUCGAGCUAAUGGGGAGUCCUUUGGGCUAAAACCACAGAAUCAUCUUGGUGCUGCCAAACUGAGUCAUUUACUUGGAAAAAGUGAUGUAGAUGGACAAAAUUCUCUGGUUGGACAGGAUGCCGUACAGAGAGAUACAAAUGUUUCACGUGUUAAUCAGGAAACUGCUAAGGAAGUGAAUUCUGUCCCUGGUGAGAAAAACUCACAUGAUUUGGGAGUUGCAAAAGCUGCUGGUAAAUCAAGUCAUUUAGUGGGAAGAAAUGAUGUAGAUGCGCAAAGUUCACCUAUUAGAGAGGAUGCCUUACAUGGAGAUGCAAAUGAUUCUUACAAUGAGCAGCAAUCAACAAUGAAAGGAAAUGCCGCGCCGGUGCUGGUUGUUGUUAACAGCAAAAUAGCCACUACAGUUGUUCACAACCAAAAUACUUCAAGUGAAGAAAAUGCACUCUACACGGUUAAGAAUGAUAAAAAAGUUAAUACACUUUCAAUAGAACUCGUAGUAGCUGGUGAAAGAGGAAAACCUUCGAAGGAUCUUGGCAUUUUGGACAAUAGGCCUUCAAAACGAAUAAAAGUAAAUGGUUCUGUGACACUAUCAGAGGACAAGGGUGGGGACAAUGUACAGAAGUUCACUGUUUGCACAAAUGACAAAGAGGUUAUGGGAACGGGUGCUACUCCUUCUGAAGAAAGAAAGAAAUCUGGAGACAGUAAGCUUUCUGGUGGACUGGACAAGAACAUGCAGAACAGAAAGGAUGGUGCUGCCUUGGAUAUCAGACCUCCCAAGAGGGCAAACAUAGACUCUCUUAAAGUAAAAGAGGAUAGAGAUAGAAGUAACAUGUCAAUACGUAAGCCUGUUGACAAUAUAGGCAAGUUGCCUAAAUUAUCUGCUGGAAUAUCCCCCAAGGAAGUUGAGAGGAUGGGAGGCAAGAGCCUCAUAAUCACGCGGAGACCCAUUGCAGAGUCGAGCAAGUGGUUCAAGGCACCUCCAUGGGAGGAGGUGAUGCAAACAUCAAAUGAGCAAGGGACCCUUAUCUUACUAGAAAAUUUGAAUCCUGAAUAUACAUCAGGAGAGGUGGAGGAUAUUAUCUGGCAUGCAUGUAGGGAAAACUGCACAGCCAAAAUGGUUCAGCGCACUGCUUUCUCUAGUCCGUACUAUGGUAGAGCAUUGGUUGCAUUCAAAACAAGAGAAGCAGCAGAAAGGGUCAGUAAAAAGCUGACUGAGGGAUGCUUAAUGAUGUCAAAUCAGAGGCCGCUUGUUGCUAGCUUUGUAACUCUUCCGAAAAUGGAAGGAAACACUCCAUCAUUUGCUGGGCAUCUAUGUGUUGACAAAUUAAGACUACAAUCGCAGCGGGAAAUGAAAGAAGCAGUUUCUACUUCUCAUUGUUCUCAGCCCAACACCAUAGAGCAUGAAAUGGGCAUUGAGUGGCGCUUACUGCAAUCAAGAUCUGACAGCUGGUGGAAUCGGCUAUAUAAGCAACAAAAAGAGGAACUAAGAAAAAUAGUGUCAGAACUCAAGAGAAAAUGAGAAUCAAGCUGCAGUUUUGUACAUAGUCUACUUCUGAUUUCUGACUUCUUGGACCUGACUUCUGGUAAUGGUGUUCUUCCAAUAAGUUCAUUGGAGUUAUGCAAGUCUUUUGUUCGAUUGACACAUCUGGUGGUUAGGAUCUCUCUCUACUUUAUUUAACCUUAAAGCUGUAUUCUAUGCAAGGGUUCUUUUCUUUUACACCAAAGAUGGAGUAAAAUUAUCU